GGGCCCGUUCAACGCUGCACAAGAAAAAUCACGAGACGAACAGCAUAAGGAAAUACCAAAAUACUCUUCUUUCUGUAUGCUUUUUUACGCUAAUUUAAUUUGGAUAGAUGUUGGUCAAAAGUCGCCACGGUCAGCGACGCGGCAGGCCCAACAUCGAUCGUCUCAAGCCCUCUUAAGGUUUAUCAUUUGAAACCUCGGUAGUUUAGCAGCAACUCAACAGUCCAAUGGUCCAUAGAAUGUAAUGGUGCAGGAAUAUUCCACACAGUCAUCAUCUAAAGUUUGCAAGGAGAGAACGGAAGACACCGUGUCUCAUAAGCGGCUGGGAUCUAAACGGGCUAGAAUUGGAUAGCUCCGUUCGGCCCUUUUCAACAAGCGCAAACUCAAAUGGUCAAAAUGGCAAAGGAACAUCCCCAUCCUUCACUCUAGGCCAGGGCAAUGACCUCAUUUGGCGACGGAUCGUAACUUGACUCACUCUACACGCCUGGGACCGCGAAUCUCGCGUUGAGAACCAGCAUGGCAUCUUCUCUUCCGGCAAUUUUCCAAAACAGACCCGCCUGUGAGAGCUGGCACGUCUCACACGCGCAAGCUUAAGUGGCGUGAAUUCAUUUCUCAGACUCUGGAGAGCACGAAAAGUGGGUUACAAACCGCGGGAGCUUGGUGCUGCAGAAGCUUAGUGGCCGCAUUCCUGGUGUUGAGCGCCCCAUUCCAGAGUGCCAGGAGCCCUGUGGCACAUCGACGAUGUCACCUCGAUUGCUUCAGGGGGGCGGGUAAGAGAGUAGACUUUUUGGUCGUGUUUCAUCUAAGGAUUUGGUUUUCCCGUUCUGUUGGGUGUGGUAUAUAGUACCCAAUGUCAGCACACCAUUGUUGGAGAGCUUGUGUACUCCUCUGCUUGAAGAUCUGGAAUCUCCAACUACUGACGUUCUUUUUUCUCGACAGCUUUGAAACUCUUGGAGAGCUCUAUAUAAGUCCUUAAACAGCUUAUACAUCAGACGAAUUUGAGAGUAGACGCUUCGCCUGGCAAAUAUCUACCUGCGCUUCAUACGAUAGCUCUCGCUAUCAUGGCUGGGUUCAAAUUUGGCCGCAAGCAGCGGCUAAUUACCACCAUUAUCAUUUCCAUGGUAUUCUUUGCCGUGGAAAUGAGCGCUGGUUUAUAUACUGGCUCCUUGGCCUUGGUGGCGGAUGCGUUCCACUACCUUAGCGAUUUACUCGGAUUUCUGGUCGCUCUUGUAGCACUAAUUAUGUCGGAACAAACAGAUAUCCCCAAAGAAUAUACUUUUGGAUGGCAGAGAGCCACGCUGCUUGGCGCUUUCUUCAAUGGUGUAUUCCUCCUGGCCUUGGGUAUCAGCAUUCUCGUACAGGCUAUCGAGAGAUUUACAUCGCCGAACCACAUCGAUAACCCCAAGGUUGUUUUUGUGGUUGGGUGCAUCGGCUUGGGUCUGAACCUCUUGGUUCUUUCGUUCCUUCAUGAUCAUGACCCCGAGGGUGGCCAUAGCCACGGUCACAGCCAUAGCCAUAGUCAUGGACAGAGCGAGUCUCACAGCCAUGGUCAUAGCCAUGGUCACAGUCACAGUCACAGCCAUGCGGAAAAGCAUGCACACUCGGAAGAUGAGUUUGGCAUGACUAGUGAUUCUGUAAGCGAGGUGGAAGCUCGCGAGCUACCGCCCACGCACAAGCACUACCAGCACAAGCACGCUAUCGUUAAAGCCAUGAAGGCUGGUCACGAUUUGGGAAUGAUGGGUGUUAUCAUCCAUGUCAUUGGUGAUGCUAUCAAUAAUGUGGGAGUCAUCAUCUCUGCGCUGGUUAUCUGGAAAGGCACUGGCGACGCCCGAUUCUACAUUGAUCCCGCUAUUGGUGUCUUCAUUGCCGUCAUGAUCUUCUGCACUGCUAUUCCAUUGACAAAGGGCAGUGGCAAAAUUCUACUACAGGUUGCUCCUGAUGGUAUCAAUUUGGAAGAUGUGCGCUAUGAUAUGGAAAUGAUUCCUGGCGUUAAAUCCGUCCAUGAGCUGCAUAUUUGGCGUCUGAAUCAAGUCAAGUCUAUUGCAUCUGCCCAUGUCGUCGUCGAUGACACUACAAUCCAGAACUUCCAGACCACAGCGAAGACGAUAAUGGAGUGUCUGCAUGCCUAUGGCGUCCACUCUGCCACAUUGCAACCUGAAGCUGCCCCCGGCCCAAGCUCACCAACAUCACCCACCAUCAAACUUGUUCAGUCGGGCGAAUCCGGAAAGCCCAUUCCACGACGACAGCGAUCCAGCUGCCAACUUGAAUGCAGCACACUCUGCGGGAAGAAACGGUGCUGCCCUCCGGUUGAGGUAACCGCGGCUGAUGACCUCUUUUAACUAAUGGUUUUAUGAAAUGAAGGGUUAUGGAUUUCUUUAUUCUUUUUCGUUUUGUAGCUCGGCGUUAGGAGUUGCGUGGCUAUAGGCCGGUCUGGUUUCUCUCCUUGAUUUUUUAUUUCUUGUUGUUUCGUAUAUUAGAUAGAUAUAUCUUGUUGGCUUUAGCAUCCGCCACGCGGCGUUUUGGUCAACAACACCCUGAAAUAGGCGACGAAAAAAAUUCACGACAUAAUUCUUUUUCCUUUCACACAUCUCUUAAAUAUUCGCUGAGAAAGUUCUACUAGCGCAUCUUGGCUGAAAUGGUCACGUACUGUAAUUCAGCAGCCGUCACGCUUCAGGCCUCCGCAGACCGAUGUGGAGACGGUGAUUAAUUCCCGCCCAUCUCAUGACAAUAGUAGCAGUGGCAGCGGCAGCCACAGGCGUGUAGCCCUGCUAAUGUCACUAUUUUACAGUAUAAUGAUGUUAGAAUCAAAGGCACCUGAACGGCACAAUCCGGAACAUUCGACACGGGAUCAUAGGACAGCCUGCAGUAUAGUCGCCUAGUCUCCCUUUGUACAACAUCUAAGUCGUGUCUGCCCUGUUAUACAAUGCGCCUCUUUGUUAAAUAGACCAACGAAUCAUGAAGUGACCAAAAUGUCGCCGGUGCAACUGCCAUGUUUGGAAUGCCGUGGAUCUUUGGCGAGUCAUAUAUGGGCCGUCUCCAUACACAAAGGUAAUUCCUUCGCCAGCGGCGGAUGAUGGUGGAUUCAUGGGCGGCGCUAGGGUCCAAGGCGGGGUUUUGGGCUGGAUGCUCACGCGGAUCGACUCUUAUGCUGGCUGAUCUUGGCUGCUGCGGGCAGGUCUUUCUUAUUCUGUUAGCAAGCCGUAUAUAGGCGACCUUGGUGCGCGCCGCAAUUAUCCUGAAGAUCAAGUGAGGGACGACCCUGAAGAUCCCGCCCCUAUAGUUUUCGGGACACAAGUGGCGAAAGACGGUGCGGAUCAGCUACGUUUGCUACGCUUGCGGCUUCAGGGUCCAAAGGGUCCAGUACUGUAAUGGGAAAGGAGCUGCAAGAUCCCGCCAAGCUUCUCUACCAUGAUGAGGCGAUGCCACAUAAUCUACAUGUCUUCUGAAGCUUCUCCGAUUGCUACCUCUGGGCCAUCGAGUUGUAUUUUCGCAUCAGAAAAUAAUAACAUUUUAAUUUGGCCUUGCAUGGUUGGAGGUAACAGCGAGUUGCUCUUGUGCGUGGAAGCUGGACGACAUCGGCUGCGG